AUGAAUGUGGAGGAUUUCACGCUUAAUAAAGACGACAACAGCAACGAGUUCAUAACAUUCGCAAAAGGCCCCACAAAAACACGGCAAGGAGGAUUACGACUUCAACAAAGGUCUGUACUACCUCAAAUGUUCGCAACUGGCGACUCACGAUGCCCUGUCGCACUUUUUAAGAGUUACCUUCCCAAGAGGCCUGAAGAUUUAAAGUUAUCUGGCCCUUUUUACUUGGCGUGCAUUGACAACCCCACCAAAACCGAUGUCUGGUACAAGAAAAGCCGAAUGGGUAAGAAUGCUAUCAGUAGAAUCAUGGCAACUAUGAAAGAAAACUCACCCUUACAGGAGAUGUGUCCAGACAAAAGAUUGUCUAACCACUCGGUCCGGAAAACUGUGGUGAGGAAGCUAAAAGCCAGUGGAGUCCCAAAAUCUGGAAUAAUCAUAAUAACUGGUCAUCGACAAGAACAGAGCGUGGAAGCAUAUGACUCCGGGAACGAAGAAGAGCAGCGUCAACUAUCUAACAUCAUUGAUGGCAAAGAACCCCAGUUCAACCAGACAACCAGCCGAGUUCCUCUUCAGCCGCUUAUUCAGUCAGGUGCAGCGGUUAGCAGAGGCCAUGUACAUAAUUUCCGCAAUUGUAAUGUGGUGAUAAACCAAGGACAGGCUUACGCGUCGUCUUCAAUGCCAUCUUCUAACACCGAGCCGUAA